ACCGCAGAGAGCGCAGACAGGCCGGACAGGAGCAGGAACAAGGCCCGACAAAUACAAAGAGGAAGAGCAUCACGCAUGGCAAAGAAAAAACAAUCCUCCCCCACAGCGACCAGAUAUCUGCACCGCCCCUGUGUCUACUGCUGCCACUGGACUCUAUGAGUAAAUACAUUCAUCCAUUAAAAAAAACAACAACAACCCUGUGUCAUUAGGGAAAGACACGCGUUUUGCAACGGAGAUAAAUAAUUGAAAAAAAUGCGGCUGUCCGACUGCGCAUCCCUGGGAGUCAGUAGGGAAAUGCUGCGCCAGUGUCCCGACUGAGAGACGGAGCAGAUCUCAGCCAGCACGAGCUCCUCAGCUUUUCUCCCCCUCCUUCUCUUUACACAAUAAUCUGUGGCUGCCAGAAAAAUAUAUAUAUCAUCGUCUCAAUCAUGAUACCAACUUUUUUCAGUGUGCAGGGAGACAGAAUAAAAGUUGUGUGUUGGCCAAUGCGUCCCUGCGUCGGUCCCAUCCUGCAGAAGUAUGUCCCGUCGGAAACAGAAACGACCCCAGCAGCUUAUGAGCCUGACCCUCGGUGCCUGUGGGAUACUUGAGCAUGAUGACUACUUGGCAGUGAAGUCGCAGUCCUUUCCAUUUAGACCGGAUUCUCCCUUGUGCUCUUCAUCUACUUCUCCCCGAAACUCCCAGCUGCUCUUUACUCUCCAUUCAUCUUUCAAAGGGACUCAGACCCCAUGUCUUCCCACUGUGGGUCCACUGUUAUCUAGUGCACUGAGCCCAACCUUUCAGCACAUCCCCAAAGACCCACAGCCAUCCCUCUCGCCUGACUUUGCUAACACCUCUCUCUCUUCCCAAGUUCAAAAUUCAUCGCUGCUCAAACUGACGGAUUGCAGUCCCACGUCCUCUGCAAGUUCUCUCACUCGCACUGCCCUAAGUGCACACAUGGCGUCUCCCAAGUUGGGGCUGUCAGCCACCACCACCACCUCUUCUUCCUCCUCAUCAUCAUCUGCCUCCCUAUGUCCUCCACCACACCCUGGAAGCCCUAGCCGUGUACCUGAUGGCCCCCCAAGUCCUGUUACUCCCACUCCUAGUCCAGGAGUGACAUCUGCAUCUGCUGCACCAUCUAAGGCCCAGAUAAGCAUAGCCCUGAUCCUGGAGGAACUCAGAGUGUUGCAGCAAAGACAGAUUCAUCAGAUGCAAAUAACAGAGGAGAUCUGUAGACAGGUGCUACGCCUUGGUGGCGCUUCCUACACUAUAGAUGCACCCUCACAACAUCAUCUCCCUCCCUGGCCUCAACUCUGCUUAGAAGGCAGCAAAAGGGCAACCAGCCCAACUACCCAGCCAACUCCACCACAGUCAUCUGCUUCUGUUGCUCCUCUCCUGGCAUGUUUCUCCUCCCUUCUUCCCUCUCAGGCACCCAACAGACCCACAAAACCAAGCUGUUCCUCAUCUCAAAUCCUGCAGCCACACAAACCCCAGGUAGAAGGAACAGGAGAGUCUUCGGGGAAUCAUAGUUAUCAGGAGAUGAGCUCUCAAUCUUCAGCUCCCUCAACUACUUCUGCUACAAUGGCUUCCUCAAAUUAUCCAUUAGCAUUGUCUUUAGCUCUGCCCAAUCGCUAUCUUCAUGAGAAAUCUACUAAUACCACUUCAAUGAGUGGGCACAGUGGCCUGUCCUUUCUUAACUCGUCCCUUCCCACUUCAGUAUCCAUUGUCCCAAACUCUCAAAAUACUCUUCAGGCCAUCGCCGGAGGAGGAGACUCAUCCCUCUCAACCACUGCUGGCCGCCUCCAGCAUGGUUGUCGCUUUUGUGGAAAAAUGUUAAGCAGUGAUUCUGCCCUGCAGAUACAUCUACGCUCACACACAGGUGAACGACCCUAUCAGUGCCCAGUGUGCCUCAGUCGCUUCACCACACGGGGCAACCUCAAAGUACACUUCCUUCGCCAUCGAGAGCAAAAUCCAGAGCUCUCACUUUCACUCCUACCUCCUUCUUUGUUUGGGGUAGCCUUUGGGGCCACUGGGGGAUCAGAUAUGGGACAGACCAUGAGCAGUGGCAGCAGCAGUAGUGCCGUUAAUAUGAUGCAGAAGAAGCGUAAAAACAGGUCUGAAGAUGAAACAUGUGGCGAUAAUUUGGAGGUCAGUGGUACCAGUUCUAGCUUUUCUCUGGGAGCCUCAGGAGGAUCUACUCCUUCCACCCUACCCCUGCCCCCUACUGUGGAUUUGGCAUUGAUUUCCCACUCUCUCUUGCAGUUGAAUCGGGCUGCAGCUGUAGCAGCUGCAGCCUCUAUAGCUUCUGGUUCCUCACACUCACCAUGCACUUCAUCAGCCUCCAUUUCUUCACUGGCUACCUCCCUUCUCUCAAACCCUUCUUUGUCUUCGUCUUCCACCAUCACAGGGUUGCUCAAGGGUGCUAAGCAGCAGCAUUUUGAUGAGAACACUCCCCCACAUACUCCAAUGCUUUCUCCUGCGGCUUACUCUCAGCUAGCCCAUCUGCCUAAGCUUCUUUUUCCAUCUGCCUCCUCUUCUUGCUCUACCUCUGCACACUCAUCUCUCAACAACAGUCAAGCUUUGUCCUUGCUACGCACACCACUACCCUCUACUCCAAGCUCCCUCCAACUCCCUUCUUCCAGCCAGUCAUUCCCAUUCUCUACCUUUCCCAAAGUUCCAGGUCCAUCCUCCACAACUUUGUCCUCCCUGCCUUCCUCCUUGUCCUCCUCUACUCCUACAUCUGAAACCUCCAAGCUGCAGAGGCUUGUGGAGAAGCUAGAGAAGGCUCCUCCCCAUUCCUCUUCCUCAUGGACAUCUUCCUCUACUUCUACAUCAAUGCUAGAGAUGUUAUCCAGCAGUCUCAAUACCUCUUCCUCAAGUUCAGCCAACAGUGGUUUCGGAAAUGCCAGCACUUCCACCACAUAUGUCAUGGCAACCCCACCGUCUUCCACCCUUGUCACCACUUCUGUUUCAAACCUCAGCCAUGAGAUGGUUGCUGCUCUCGGCAUACAUACCAGGGGAGCUAGUGCCAUGGUGGGUGGCAUGCUACCAUCUCUAAACAUCACUGGACCAGCUGCUAACCUGACAACCAAUCAGUGUGGGGUUUGCCUACGGGUGUUGAGCUGUCCCACAGCACUGCGUUUGCACCAGGCCACACACCUUGGAGAACGGCCUUUUCCAUGUAAGAUAUGUGGACGAUCGUUCUCUACUAAAGGUAGCCUGCGGUCACAUCUGGCCACCCAUCAUGCUCGACCAUCUAAUGCACGUAUCCAAAACUCUUGCCCACUGUGCCAGCGUAAGUUCACUAAUGCCCUAGUGCUCCAGCACCACAUCCGUAUGCACCUUGGUGGACAGUUACCCCCAGAUGGCACAGAAGAUUCUGCACAAGAGAUGCCAGCUGAAUCUAAUGCCAAACAACACUCUCAGUCCCAGGCGACUGACCCAAAUACUGCCUCUAGAAAAACACCUCCUCUAACCAGUCACUCUAAGAGCCCAGUCCCAAGUUCACAAUUUCAAGUUCCAGCAAUUGGCUCAGGCAGCAUGAAAUCUGUUGAUUUUACCCAACCCAAAUCUGCCUCCUGCAGCCCAGACCUCGUUCCACCAUCCGACCUUAGCCCUGACCCUUUCAUAAAUCCCACCACACAAACUUUACCACCAGGCAGUGCAGACCCCCCAGUUCUUUGUGUCAGUGCCCCCUUGCCAGUCUCUGAACAGACAGGUCAAGUUUCCCCUGUUAGCAAAGACAACCAAGUUGAGCAAGUCAAUGAUGAUAGCCAUCUUCCUAAAUCUGCUCUGUCACCAAUUUCCUCCACUGCUACCAAAACCUCAAUAAAAGCUAAAACUAUAACACUGGACUGUGGAGAGGAUGAAGUUACUCCAGUUGAUGCUUUUCCUGGCUCCAGCUCAAAUUUAGACAACCUACAAGAUACACCUUCCCAUGGUGCCCCCUUAGCUUUCACCUGUAACAGUACCUCCUCUAACUGCACCCUGAGUCAAGAUGUUCUGAAUGUAAAUACAACAAAAACCCUGGAAUCAGACUCAGUUUCCCAAAGGCCCCAAUCACCAGAGCACAUGGAAGAAGACAAAGGUCAUUCUCCUCCACCAACACCAAAGCAAGACGAAGCAACUGUGCCUGAUGAGGAGCCCGAAACGACACCUGAUAUGGAGCCUGCAGACACUGUUGUUACUGAAGUAAGGGCUGCAACACAGAGGGCUGCCACUUUUGUAAGGGAGACUCGCCAGAGCUUUCAUUUUGGAUCAUAUCGGAGGGAAGACAGGGCAGAAGGUGUUAAGAUUAGUGGAUUAGCUUCAAGUGAAUCUUUGGAUGCUUCUGUCCCUAUCAGCCUUGCCCCUACCCUGCCAUCUCCGAUAUCUCGUCCUGAGAAAAAGACCUAUUGCUGUGCUGAAUGUGGGAAGGAGUAUGCCAGUCGCAGUGGACUUAAGGGGCACAUGAAGCAUCACGGUGUUGUAAACAAAACAUCCCGUCCACCAGCCCGGAGUAGCCGUUCCUCUGCAGAGCAUCUUCCUUCUUCCACAUCUAUGGCGUCCCUGAACAUUCCUGCCACCAGGAGCUCAGCGGGCUUCUGGAACCAGUACCAAGCCUUCCUCAACACCAGUAAAGAGUCAAGUGAUGACCCAGCUGCUGUCCUGCAAGGAGAAGAUGAGUCAGCACAGUCGGCAAAUUCACCCAUUCAAUCUCAGAUUGAUCCAAGAAUGUGUGAAGAAGGUGCAGAAGACUCUAGUGAAGAGUUAUAGUUUGAGUCACCGUGAUUGGCUGGAUAACGUUGUAGUGUUUUCAAUCAAUGUUUACGUUUUGGUGAAACUGUAUGGACUUUUACGUAGUACUGCUUCCUUAACACAUUUCAAGUAGCCUGUCUGUUUGAUAGUCAGAGUAAUAUGUUUCUAUGUGAAAGUUGUGAGCCAGUCAGCUUGGUCUUGUGUUUUAAAAGAAAUGGCUAUAGUACAAAUAAUGAUAAAAAUAUUCAAGUAACAAUGGGAGUCCAUUGCUGGAUUUAAAAAAAAUUACACCUUUGUCUGGCUCAGUGGUUCUCAAACUAGAAAACUGAGGUAGAUGACCAUGGGAAAGGGAAGCUGAGUUAGAUUUGAUUUGUGUUGGGAAAAUAAGUUUGCUGAUGCAAUUUUGUUUAUUUUUAUCAAUAUUUAUGUCACUAAAAUUCAACUUUGAUCCUUUAUAUUAGUUCUUUCCCUUUUGGUCUUAAUGAUUCAUAAAAAAUGUGGAGUGGGAGGCAUGAACUUGUCUUGCCUUCUAAAGGGGAGCAGGCCAGAAGAGGUUUGAGAAUCACUAGUUUGGCUGAAGCACAUUCUGACAUAAAAAAAUAUCUAUGUUUAGAUAUAAAGACAGCGUAACCCUGUUGUAUCAGUGUUUAUUACCAGACUUAGGUUAAAUAUUUUCGCAAAUAUCAUCUGUUUGAAGUUACCACAGGCCCAAAUGUUUCAUCAUCUUAACAGUUCUGAUACUUAUUAGUGAGUCACCAAAAAUGUACUAAUGGAAUAUGUUUCUAUAAGUUUGUGUCCUUGUAAACUGGUUGGUACUGGUGUUGUGCCACUGACAUUAUCUAAUUCAUUUGGCACCAAAGGAGGCUUAAGCUAACCAAAAGAACAAACAUACCUAGGUUAAUUUCAUAUCUUAGAUUAUUUCCUUCACUUAUAGGGAACUGGUGUAAAUGUGAAAAUUCGAUAAGCAAAAAAAAAAAGCUUUGUAAAUGACCACAAGGUCACCAAUAUGAAUGUUUUUUGUGGGCUUACUUUAAGUAUUUUAACCCCAUCCUAUGAGUCAGAUAAAGUACUUGCUCGUGUCUUUGUGGUUUAUUUUUCACUGUAUCAUCUCGUCGAACCAGAAGCACAGCCGCAGUGUUAGUGAACCCAGUGAGAACGUUGACCUUCAGCUUUGUGAAUAUUAUGAUUGUUGUUUGGUCCAAAUGUAUUAUCUGUAACACGUCUUUCAUUUACUAAAGUUACUAAAACAUUAAGUUACUAUAUACAGUAUAUCAAAAGUCUGUCUGUUUGUUGUAAACUGUUCAUUCAGUAUCUCCAUAUUAAAAACAAAUUUGGGAAAAAAAAA